AGACCCAUAAUUAUUUUCUCAAAUUUUAAAUGUUUAAUAUGUAUUUGGAUUAUCGAAAUAUGGAUAAUGCAGAAGAUAUGAGUUGGGUCAAUGUGAGAUGACUUGUAAGUUGUGGGAGUUGAUGAUGUAGUUAUAUACUUGAAGGGUGUGUGUGUGAAUUGGCCUAUAUAAGGAUCAAAAUAUCAGGGAAGAUUAUUUUCUUCCCCCGUACGCCUCUCUCUCUCCCGUUCUCUCCUCUCUCUCGGCUCUCACCUUCUCUCUUCGAUUUCAUCGACCCCGAGUGAGACUUUUGAAAAAUAUCAAGUACUAAAGUUGUUCUACGCGACGAGAGCUUCCUAUCCAUCGAAGAAAAUUCACGAUCGGAGCACUUCGAAGUUUCCUCCAUGUUCGGGCUUGCUUCUAACCCUCGAGGAAGUUCGAGUCGUCACGUGGAUCGAGGAAGCGACGCAUAGUGUGGCAGAGUGUUUACUUUAGUUUGUAAAUUUGUAGGUAAGCACAGCUCUGAGAGGUUUAUCCUUUUGGUUUGUAAACCUAUGUAAGACUUUGGUUUGUUAUCAAUAAAAGUUAACUUUUGCUUCCGCUGUUAUGUUUAGCCCCUUUUGAUCAUCGCUUGCUUAGAUGAUAUUUGAUUUGUGAUUUGGCCUUAGUGAGAAAUCACUGGCAUUUGUCAUGAUUAAGACCUCGAGGGGCGGGUCAGGGUUGUGACAUACCUUGCGCUCAUGAGAUUGCUCCUUACAAGAUGGAAAAUAUCCCUCUACCGAUUGAGUUAAUCUACGACCAUUGGAAGAGGCUUUCUUUGCUUGCACCCCAGAAUGAGGGUUCGAUGGAGGAGACGCUUUUGGCUCACUUUGAUUGUUUUUACAACAAGUUCUUGAAAGAAGAUCAAUUUGAUGUAAAGCUAAAUUAUGUUAAGAAAAUGCAAGAGCUUGCUCAUCCGAAAACCAGUACUCUCCUUGAACCCAAAGUGAAUGCACAACCACGCGGUCGGAAGUCAACGAAAGAAAAAAAUGCAGCCAAAGAACAAAAUUCGAUGCGUAGGGAUCCCUCGGAAUUUGAGCAUGUUAUGGCAUCCCUUCAAACCCCUAAGCCCGUCAAAGAGAAACCGCGGCGUAAUCUGAAAGGGAAAGCAAAAGUUCCAGCACAACUUUUUAUAUGCCCCUUCAUCAAUCAGUUCCCAGAAGCAAUAAGACCUUACAUAGAAUCGGUCAAGGAUGUUGAAGAUGAUGGGAAUUGUGGGUUUCGAGCAGUGUCGGGCUUCAUGAAAGACGAUGUUCAUGAGUGGUUAAUGGUAAGAAGUGAUUUGCUGAAAGAGUUGGAAACACAUUUACACCUUUAUGAACAAGUGGUAGGGGGGACGCAGAGGGCUAGGGAAUCACUUCACAUCUUGGCAUGGUAUGAAAGUCCGGCGCCCCAGGAACAUUGGAUGACAAUGCCAGACAUGGGUCACAUCAUAGCAUCUGCUUAUAAUUGUGUCGUCGUCCAUUUAUCAAAUGUUCAAUGUCUUACGUUCCUCCCCCUCCAAUCGAAGCCUUUACCCUCCAUGAAACGAAAGGUUAUUACUGUCGGGUUUGUUGACGGCGGACACUUUGUACAGGUAUUCCUUAAAAAAGGUUCCCCUCUGCCGCCAAUAGCUUGCAAUUGGAAAAAAUAUCGUAUUUCUAUCGCUAAAAAUUGGGAUGCAGCACAUGUUGCAGCCAUUCAGAAGUUCAACGAAAUCAUCGGCGUUGACGUAGCAACAAAGGAGGUCAUCCAUGUCAAUUAGCCAUUCAGAAGAUUGAGAAACGAUUUAAUGUGGUGUAUUAUAUAAUGUGUUCUAAUGUUAUGAAAAUUAGAUGAUUACGUCUGCUUUUAGUUUUCGGAUCGUCAAUGAAACUCUUAUAUUGUAUUUCUGUUUGAAAACUCAUAGUUGUCAACUCUGUGACAUUGUGUUCAGAAA